AUGGAAAGAUCUUGCUUCAAGAAACUUAGAGUAGCUGACAGCUUGUCCAUCGGAUUUAAGCUCCAUCCGUAUUUGACUCUGAUCGGGAUGAAACUUAGUGGAGUUAUUCAUGAUACUACUGGCUACAUAUUCAACCGUGGGAUUAAGUUUCUAACGAAUCAAGUUAGAGCUUAUGAUCAUGGUUACAGUAAAGAUUGUCUAAGGGAAAAGAGAAGGAGAAUUGAGUUUUCAUCUUCACUAGGCCAAGUGAUGUGGACAGUGAUGGACCGACGGGUUAACAGCUGGUCAAGAACGGCUGACAAGCCCAGAAUGGGAGUGUCUGAGCCACGAGGGCCAGCCUCCACUUAUGAGGUUCUAGUUGUCACGAGGAUGACUGGACCUUACGAUAAAGUGUUCUACGUUUCAGUGGGCAGAGUUGAUUCCCCUCACUGA